GGCUGAGUCAGCUCUAAAAGCGCGGAAAACGACCACCUCCAAGAGUCGGACUACAAAUGCUGCCUUGCAAGAUAUCGCUUGCUGGUCAUCGAUUAGUCUUACCUACUUGCCGUCGGUCUUACACCGCGUGCAUUCUGACAAGAAGGAAGCUUGGCCAAGUUUAUCUGAUGAGGUGGUGUCUUGAGAUAUUUCAUCGAAGGCAGGACGAAUAUCACAAGGAAUCGUCCAUUUAAUCCUGUAUUGAAGCGCACUCAAGUGGUUGAGUACAUCAAAGGCGAGAGUAUAGUCUGGGCAGAAGAGGAUACCCACAAUCAGGAAGCGGAAGGGGUUCACUAAAAAUGGCUGACCAGAGCUAUCCUUCAGAUAUUCGGAGUGAUCUUCCUCUGGUCCAGCACGCAGACCUUGAGGGGAAGAUUGUUCUUGUGCGAGUUGACCACAACGUGGUGUCCAAAGGCAAAAUUCAAGACCAGUACCGUGUGGAUCAGACUCUUUCCACCAUCUACAACCUGGUUGAGAGGGGCGGUCGGCCAAUUUUGAUGACGCAUAUCGGGAGGCCGUAUGACAAGAAGACCAAGACGAUUCGCUGUGAAGCUGGGGAUGCAGUGGACACUGUUGUUCAGUACCUUCAGCGAAAGCUGAAGAUCAAGUUUGCCGUGCCAGAUUUUGCCCCACACGGAACCCAUGGCAUCGAGGACAUUGAUACUUCUAUCAACCAUCUUCUGCAUGACCUGAGGUCAAAACGCAUUGGAGGAGUCUACCUUCCCAACACCAGAUGGUUUGCGGGUGAGGAGGCGAAAGGUGAACUUGCCGAGCGCUUCGCUGUGCAGCUCGCCGGACUAGCCGAUGUCUAUGUGAACGACGCUUUCGGAAGCUGGCAACCACAUGCAUCCACGUAUCACAUAACGAAGCACCUGCCUUCAUAUGCCGGCCUCCUCAUGCAAGACGAGCUGGCGCAUUCCAGGCAGAUUCUUGCGCCGCAAAGACCAUUUGUGGCCGUUGUUGCUGGUUCGAAGUACGAUACGAAGAUUGGGCCCCUGACAGAGAUCUACAAGAAGGUCGACUCCCUCGUUCUUGGAGGGGUGAUCUACAACGCCUAUCUCUGCGCCAAGUACGGUGUGAAGAUCAAGGGCGUUGACGACGCCGAUGUGGAGCUGGCCAAGACCCUUGUAGAGCAAGACAAGGUCGAGAAGAAGCUCGUUGAGCUGCCUCUCCUGGUUGAGAGCGACACGCUCGAGGGGAAGAUUGAGGGCAAGUUCCGUACCAUCUCGACGGCUGACUUCGCCCCCGGCAAGCAGUACAACUACAUCCUGGACGCAGACCCGUCCUCGUUUGACGUCCCGUCCGUCUCCGACGCCUUCGCCAACGCGAAGACGAUCUUUGUGAACGCUGUCAUGGGCUUCACGCCGCACUUCUCAGAGGGCACGACCAAGUUGGACACUACAAUCGACAAGAACACGUCGGCCUUCAAGUUUCUGGGCGGGGGUGACACUCUGUACGAGUUCAAGAAGCUGCUGCCGGGGCUGUACCAUGCUGCGAUUGACAACUCGAAGUACUACCUCUUCACCGGAGGAGGCACCGUGCUCAAGGUCAUCGAGGAGGGUGACCCCUACGGACUUGAGCCCGUAAAAGCGCUCGUUGAGAACGCGGCAAGGUUCGGGACGAUCAAGAAGCAAGAGUCGCCAAAAGUGUCAAAUGGGUAUUCAAAUGGAUAUCACUUUCCCAGCAAAGCGUUCCAGCAGGUCAAGCAGGCGUCUCCGGUGACGGUCAGCGCUUAGGUAGGAAUCACUGAAGGAUCAGAAUAAGGUCACGGUAAUUCAUGCAUAUAUUGGUCAGCCUGAAGCGCGCAAAAUUACUAUCGAGCUAGCUGCGGUGCCCCUCUUCUUGUACUUGAACCUAUGAGAGAGAGCAAUGCGACAUUCAUUGGAUGGGACACCGCUGAGAUAGAGAUCAAAAUCGGACCUCGAAUCAAAAGUCAUGACGAACGGCCCUUCCUUUCUUGUUCAAUCUACAGACUCCGCAAAUGCGAACAACUGCUGUACUGUCUGGCUGCUCUCCAUGUUUAACAGUCUUCACUUUAAGUAAACGGAAAAGGCGGUUGUCUUCGACCU